CUCCUGUUGUGGGGAACCGAGACUAUUUCAAACAUUUGGCAGUUAUUGAUUUAUUGUUAACCAAUUAACCCAAAAGCAUCAUAGAUGUUAAGAUGAUUGUGAUCAAUUAGUUAGUACUGCAGUAUAUCCUGGUCUUCUACUUGCUCCUGCAAUGGAACCUCAGGGGCAACCCCUUUCAGCAACAGCAGCUAGUACUCCCAUUACUCCUGAGGGCCUCAGUGGCACAGAUCCAUUAAUUAGCAGUUUGACUUUAAGCAAGGCUGAAAUAGUUUCUAAUUAUUAGAUCCAUAUAAUCAGUGGAGGACGAAGUCUGUUGCUGACCACUGUCAGCUGUACCAUUUAAAACAAAAAACCAAAAAACAAACAAAAAAAACCCCAAACCAAGACCAUAAUAGCAUGUUGCCUGCUCUCAGAUAUCUGGAAGCUAUGGAUAUUUUUAUAUCCAAUGCCAGUUCUGUUUGGUGUCUGAUCCUGGGGUCUCAAAAGGGCACAAAUGAAUACCAGACAUCAGUCCAGUUCCAAGAUCAACUUAAAUCGUUGCUUUGUUUCGGGGCUGCAACAGUGCCAAACAGGCUGUUCCAGCAGACCAGGCUGCCGGGAGCACAUCAGCAUUCUAGCCACACCACCUUCACCUUAGAAGUCCAGCUCCUGCCCUCUGUCUUAAUGGCUGAGUUUGCUGAGUGGCUGGGUCUGGUGCACUACAUGGAAGUUCUGAUGAUGAUCACAAGUAUUGAGUACACUGCACCAAUAUCAGAUGAAAAUGUGACUGUCACUGACACAAAAUUUAACAAUGUUCCAGUCCGUUUGUAUGUACCCAGGAAGCAAUCCAGUGGGCUGAAAAGGGCAGUGAUUUACAUUCAUGGUGGAGGCUGGUGUGUAGGAGGCUCAGCCAUGGAGCCCUAUGACCUCCUGUCAAGAUGGACAGCAAACGAGCUAAAUGCUGUUGUCAUAUCAAUCGAGUACAGAUUAGCACCUAUGUAUCAUUUUCCAGUUCAAUUUGAAGACGUGUACGCUGUAGUGAAGUUCUUCCUCCAAAACAGUGUUCUUGCACAAUAUGAGGUGGACCCAAAUCGAAUCUGUAUUUCAGGAGAUAGUGCAGGAGGUAACUUAGCUGCAGCAGUGGCACAGCAGGAUCUUCAGUCACUGUCAGGGAACUGAAACCUUUAAUUGAUUGUGUAAACAUUUUAAUUUUUACAGCUGCUAGAUGACGCGGAAGUUAAAGCUAAACUUAAGAUCCAAGCUUUACUUUACCCUGCUCUUCAGACCCUUGAUCUGGAUUUGCCCUCCUAUAAAGAUAAUGAGAACAAGCCGAUUCUGCCCAAGUCAUUGAUGGUCAGAUUCUGGAGUGAAUACUUUACUACUGAUGUCUCUCUUAAAGAAGCUAUGGCUUCCAAUAGACAUGUUCCUGCAGAAUCAAGCCAUUUGUUUAGGUUUGUAAACUGGAGCAAUUUGCUGCCUGAGAAGUUUAAAAAGGAUCAUGUUUAUGCCAGCCCCAUUUAUGGAAGUUCCAGGCUUGGAAAAAAAUAUCCAGGAUUUCUGGAUCCAAGAGCAGCACCACUCUUGGCUGAUGAUACCAAGUUAUUUGGCUUACCUGUGACAUAUGUCCUCACGUGUCAACAUGAUGUCUUGAGGGAUGAUGGAAUCAUGUAUGUCUCACGACUUAGGAAAGUAGGCAUUGAAGUAAUACAUGACCACAUUGAGGAUGCAAUUCAUGGGGCUCUAAUAUUUAUUACAAGUCCAACUGAUUUAGCUCUAGGACAUAGAGUAGCAAAUAAAUAUAUUAAGUGGUUAAAUAUGAACUUAUAAAGUAAAAAAGGGUAUUUAAUGCAUUUGGCGCUUAUUCACUGGGUCUGGGUGAAACACUGUAUUUGGGAAGAAAAGGAUCCCUGUUGAACAUUGUGGAUGUGAAAAUGCCAUACUGAAACUAUACAUUUCUCUACAACUUUUGGGUUCAGGUUGACUUCUUGCCUACUCUGGCAGGUGACUUAGGCUGUCUCUAAUCUAAGUGCUGUUUCAUCACUGGGAUAAAAAAUCCAAGUACAAUUGCCCUUACUGCCAUCAGUUACUAGCCUUGAAUUUCUCUACACAAGAAUACAAAUUCCCCUGCACCAGAUCUUUUUACAUCUAACGACCACUACCCACUCUGCCCACUUCCUUCUUCUUUCCAUUCUAUAGGUUCGGCUGCUGAUUUAUCACAGUAAAUCAUAUUCCCCAAAGUGUCUUUAUCUUUCAAUACUUCUCUAUUACAAUCCAUGCCUCAUAAGCCUGUACGUGUGCUGGUCCAUCUUAGUGUCCUUCCCCUGGCCCUUGAAUGGAUAUCAGUGGGAUCACUUAACAAUAGAAUGCUUGUAGCCCAUUUAAUAUCAGUGGUGGUCAGUUCCCAUAGUCAUCUGUGAGAAACGAGUCUGAGGUACAAGGGAAGGGUGGAGACGAAUGGCAGUUCAGGGACCAAAUUCCAUGGCUGAGGUAAGGAAACAAUUUUGUCUAAGCCUGAGAAGCCUUUGUGGCUGGCACUUGUGUGGGUAUGUUUCUCCUCUAGGCAGAAUUCAAGGAAGCAGUUGAAAACAUAACUGAAUUUGAAUGGCUGUGAAUAUGACAGCUGUUAUAAAUAUGUAAUUAGGUUUUGGUGCCAUUAUUAGACUUUGUCUAAUCACAUUCAUUAACUUUUUUGUUUACUGCAAAAAUAAAGUGUAAUUUAACAGCAUUGGAUACUGUAUCAUCAAAACAAAUAAAAUGCUGACGAUUAUAACCUUGCAAUAACACCAUUUUAUGGCUUGUGUUUCUCUUAUUACUCAUUAUAUGGUAAGCCUUAUGUUUUAAAUUAGCUGAAUUUAUUCCAUUAGUAUAGCACAUUUUAAAAUCUAGGCUUAGACAUGAUAUAGACUCAAACAAGACACAAAUCUCAGUCAGUCUAUAUUGCAUGAAAAUGCUUUAACACAAACAUAAAUAUUUUGUACAUUAAAAAUGUGUCCUAAAGGUUUUGGAAUCAUGAAAAGUCACAACCCUGAGUUUUUGUUUGUUUGUACAUGUG